AUGGCGAUGCUAAAUGUGAGCACGCUUAUUACGGGUUACGACACGGUAGGGGAUCACACAGAGUUCAUCGUUGAGAUCUCGUGCAACGGCGGCUUGUGGCGCAUCUCUCGGCGUUUCAGCGAUUUUGACCAACUACACUCGCGUUUAGUGCGGCGCUUUGGAGAUCUCAUUGAGGUGACGCUACCUGAGAAACAGUGGUUUGGAAGAUUUGAUCCAAACUUCUUAAUGAAGCGUCAGGCAAGUUUACAGGAGUACCUCGAUGGAUUGCUGCAGGUGCCAGGUAUUCUAGACGAUGUGUCAUUACAACACUUUUUAGAGCUGGAGAAGCACAUGGAUUUGCACAAUGAACUUGGUGCAGGAAGCAAUAACCGUUCCAGCGGGAUGUGGUCCGGAAAGGGAGUGUUGAGUGAAAAUGAUCGUUUGAGCGCCAUAGUCGAGAGUGCGGCGCAAGCGUUUAUCGACAUAAGUGAAGUCCCUGAGCCGCUGGAAGCCGAGCAUGCUGUGCAGCGCAAGAAAGAAAUUGUGACAGCCUCCCAAAAUUUGCUCAACGAGCAGAAGUUGGGUGAGCAGUUUUCAACGAAGCUCACAACACUUCGUCUCCCGCAAAUUCAGGCGCAAGUGUCAAAUGAUGAAUUGCUUUCGCGUUUGGACGGAGGAAAUGAAGACAGUCCUACUUAUAAUCAAGAGCAAGAGAUUCUUUGGGGUAUUCUGGAGAAUUUGGAAACGUCGCUGUGUAUGGAUAUCAAGCCGCCUUCGGUGGAUUUAUUAGCUGUCAUGACAGUAUCAACGAUACAAGAAGCGCCCGUAGUUGGGUGCAACGGAUCGUUGCCGAGCGGGACUGGUACACUAGAGGCGGGAUCUCUGGAUGAUCGAAGCAGCCUUGGGAAUGGGUCUUUUAGCUAA